AUGGAAGGAAGUGGUGAUAAGCCGAAACGAUUGCGAAAUAAUAGCAAAGGGAAUAGUAAAUCAGUUAAAGCUUUGUUACAAUCAGUUGAGCCAUUGGUGUCGGCAACAGUAUCCGAUUUUCAACGAGAACGGAUUAGUGAACGAGAUGCUGCAGCAGCUGCAGCAGCUGCUGCACUUACCUCUUCUAUCAAUAAUAGUAAUAAUAAUAAUAGUAAUGAAGUUUAUUCCUUACCGGUACAAACCAUUCAUCAGUCUGCACCGUCCACAUCAUACUCAACAAUGAAUUUUUCAUUGGUCAAUUCAUCAGGAACAUUAAAUUCGAAUGUUAACGAAUUAUCAACUGCCUUAUCAUCAACAUCAGCAGUAUCAUUUUCAUCAAAAGGUGGAGGAAUUACAUCGAUAUCUAAGCUGCCUUCAUCAACAACAACAUCAACUUCAUCAACUUUUACCGGUGUUCCUUUAUUGAGAAUGCGUCCGAAACCUGUUGUCAUUAAUGAUUUUAAUUUAUCAAAUUUACCAUUGUCAUCAUCGAUUGAUCGUCAACAUGUAACAACAUCAGUAGCAUCGACAUCGACAUCUGGAGGAGGAGGUUCUGUUCUUCAAUGUGGUCAAUAUAAUUUACCACAAACAAUGGAAGAAUUAUUGGAGAAACAAUGGGAACAAGGAUCGCACUUUCUUAUGACGCAUGCGAAUUUUGAUGUGGCACAACUCUUGUCAUGUUUACACGAUUUAAAAAUGGAAAAUGUUCGAUUAGGUGAAACGUUAUCAUCGUUGAUGAGAAGGAGAGAUCAUUUAUUGGCAUUAAACGCUCGUUUAUCUAUUCCAUUUAAUAAUAUUUCAUCUUCGUUUAGCAGUAAUUAUGGUUCGCCGAAUCAUUCUCCUCAAAUAUCAACGAAUAAUGCAAAUAUUCCACAGCAAAUGAUUUCUUCUUCGUCUAAUUCUGUAACAGUUUCAUCAACUUUACCAUCGUCAUUUACUUCACAAUCCAAUUUAUUAUCUACCUCAGUACCACCCUCAACAGCAACUACAACAACUUCCGUUCAUGUUAUGUCUUCUUCAUCUUUUCAUCAACAACAUCAGCAGCAACCAUCAUCGUCAUCAAUAGUCACGACGACAACUUCACCAUCAUCAACAACAUCAAUAUAUACAACGUUAUCAUGCAAUGAUAACAAUAAUAAUAUGAUUUAUUCGUCGAAUGUAACACCAAUAAUAGAUGAUUCCUUAAAUCAGUUGCGAACAUUAACUGGUAAUAAUUUGUUGAAUACGCCGAGAAACAGCAAUCACAGUCUAUCACAGUCGAGCAUUUCUCAUGUUGCUGGUAAUCAAGCAUCUCUUCUUCAUGUAUCAAAUAAUUUACCUCAAAAUGCGCAAUUAUCAUUUAUACCGAACAGGAUAUCAACGAAUAACAGCAAUUCAUUAUCAACGGCAGUAACAGUUAUUCCAACAACAGCGAUAACAACAACAGCAGCAGUGAUAGCUACUAGUUCAGUAUCAACAACAUCAACAGCUAUUUCGAAUACGUUCAAAACUAAUGUCGAAUUUCCUACAAAUAUGGUUGUUGGACGCCAACAACAACAACAACAGCAGCAACAGCAACAGCAACAGCAACAACAACAGCAACAGCAACAGCAUUUAGCAGCUGUCGUUGCCGCGAAUGCAUUGACCAACAAUUUUAUGCAAAGCAGAUCGCCCAACGGUAUUAAUACUACGACAGCUGUUGCAGCUGCUGCUGCUGCAGCGUCACUUGGUCAAAUACCAUCAUCGGAUUUUAUUUGUGCACUGUUUGCUCAACAGCAGUUAUUACAACAAGUGGCAGUAUUCAAUAAUCAUUACGGAAAUAUUACAUCAAGUGGUACAACUGGUUUGACAACAGGAACGGCAGUAGGUGGAAAUGCUGUUGUUGGUGCUGGUGGUAGUGGUGGUAGUUCUGGUGGAACAUCGUCUAUAAAUUCAGCAUCACCGAACAAUAUAAUUAAUAAUUCUGGUAAAUAA